AAAAAAUCACUCUUAAACAUACAUUUAACAUCGAAUAACUAGAAAAUAUCUAUCUAAAUCUACAUUUUUUUGUAUUUGUUAACAUUCCCAUCGAGAUGAAAGUGCAUAUUUUCCAAAUUUCACAUCAAUCGGCUUAAUCCAAAAGAAUUUGGAGUGAAAAACAAAAGAAUAAUGAACUAUUUCCGCGUUACAAAAACUAUGUGAAAAAUAAAUACCACCAAUACUCAUCAGAUUAGAUUUAUAGAAUUAGAAAAAUUGGUAGAAGCAAUCAAUAACAUUUUUCGAUAUACGAUUCAUAGUUUAAACAAUUUAAAUUGCAACAGAGCAUCCUUAAAUAGUCUGUGGCGGAUUAAAUCGUUAACAGAUCACUCUUUUGUGACCUAAAUCAAUCAUUAAACUUUGAUAAUGUUUAAGUCAGGAAAGUGUGCAGUAUCAAUUGCUUUUGUUUUGUAUAUUAGUGUAGCAGUUUUAGCAGAAUGUGACGAUGAUAUUGUUUCUAAUGAAGAAGAAGAUUCAAAAAGUCCUGAAGCAUUAUUAUACUUUAAAGCAUUAAAAGAUGUUCAAGCAGCAGAACAUCCUAAUGUAAUUUGCAAUACAAAUUGUCUAUAUAAUAAAGAAGAUGUAAAUAAUUUCAAUAUUUCUAAACAAGAAAAUUAUACAGUAAUCAACUGCAACCUGUGUUGCAUCAAUACGACACUUGUAGAAGAUCCUCAAUUUAGGCAACGUCGAACUUUUUAUGGAUACUCAAUGAAUGAUUUUGUAACAACACCCCUUGGUCUACCAGCUGGAAGUAUAGCCCAUGCAAAAUGUAGGGAGUAUUCUCAAUAUGCUGAAUUUAAAUAUACACAUCCUAUAAUGGGUAAAAUAUCAUCUCCGUGUCCUUUAGAUGAACCUGUUAAUAGUGAUCUAAUGACGCGAGGUAUGCAGGAAUUUCCUCAUAUUGUACAACUGGGCUACAUGGGUUAUCAAAAAACCACAUGGAGUUGUGGAGGAGCUUUAAUCAGCGAAAAAUUCGUGCUUACGUCAGCAUAUUGUGUGAGAGUAGAAUCCAUACAUUUUCCCGUUUUGGUCAGAGCAGGAAUUAUAAAUACAAGCUUUAUGCAGAUAAGAAACAUUGUCGAAAGAAUUACACAUCCUGAUUAUAAACAAGGUGCAUACCACAAUAUCGCCCUUUUAAGAUUGAACGCUGGUUUUGAACUUAAUGCAUACGUUAGACCAGCAUGCCUGUUCAACAAGAAGAAGAUUCACGUAUUCACAGCCAUUGCUACUAAUUGGGCAAGUAAUAUCAACAGUCCUGAUGACGAGUUAGUGAAGAAUUAUCUACAAGUUGUUGACUACGAUGCGUGUAAUCGGUCUUUUGCGAAAUGUCAAUGGGAAUACCAGUUUCAGUUACCUGAUGGUAUUAUUGAAGACCAUAUGAUGUGCGUUGGAUCUAUACCGUCUAUGGAUAUUUGUCAGCACGACAUUUCAAGCAUUCUCCAGGUUCCCCAUCAAUAUGAACCAGGUAUUUAUUGCAUGUACGAUAUCGUGGGUGUGUUUUCAUUAGGUACCUCAUGUAUUUCAUCACUACCCAGAAUAUAUUCUAUGGUGUCCUAUUACCUGGAAUGGAUAGAGGAACAAGUCUGGUCUUAAAGGAACUUCAAUGCAUCAUUUUAAUUUAAUCAAAGUUAUAUAGAAGAUUAGAGAUUUUUUAGUUUAUAUUAAUAG